AUGUGCCUUUUUGCUUCACUGCUACUUCAUAAACAGUAUAAGGGAUUUGAAGAUGCGAAGGCUGUCAUUGAAAGUCUGAAGAAUAAAGGCGUAUCUGCAAUUGGAGCUGCAGGCUUUUGCUGGGGUGGUAUGAUUUCAGACAUCUAUGUGGUUCUAAUUAGCUUGUUUUUUUUUGCCAAGGUUGUGGUUGAACUCGCCCACAUUAAUGCUGGUGUGCUGUUGCAUCCUUCAUUUGUCACAGUUGAUGACAUAAAAGAGGUGAAGGCUCCUCUUGCUGUACUUGGAGCUGAGUUCGACCACCUUUCGCCACCAGCUCUAGUGAAACAGUUUGAAGAGGUCCUGGCUACUAAGCCUGAGUUUGAUGGAUUUGUAAAGAUAUUCCCUGGAGUUGCUCAUGGAUGGACAGUGAGGGUACAAAGCUGAAGACGAAGCCGAGGUAAAAGCUGCAGUGGAGGCUCAUAACGACGCGUUGGAGUGGUUUGCUAAGCACGUCAAGUGAAUACAUAAGAAAACAUUCCACGAGUCCAGCGCGAGAUGGCCUCUCUGUCGUUUACCAUUUUAUCCUGCGUGCGCGAGGUGAGAGAUCGAUCGACUUCUGAACAUACCACGUCGUUGUUGUGUAAUAUCAGAGCUCUCGAGUGAUGGCGUAUGUUAUUGGAGAUGAUCGAUCUGGCUCUCAUUGUUCAUGUUAUAGAAUAUAGAGCAACUCAUGGACAUUGUGCACCAGUGUUGUAUAAUUCUCUAGCUUUGGCUCUCUCAGAUGUCUGCUUCUUCGUUUCUGCCCCUCCAUACCGCUGGGCCAAAAUCAGACUGUGUUACUUGGGCCGCCAGAAAGAAGACCGUGGGAUCCAGUUUUGGGAAUAGCCCAAACCAUCUUCCUUUCGUUUUCUGUUCCCGUCACCGUCGGUUCAUGUGAGGACGAAGAAAGGUCGGCAAAGUAGGGAACACGGUUAGCCAGCCACGUGUCACCGAUGGGAAACAGCAAAUCUGAAGCUGUCAUUUUGAUUAGAAGAAGCGCACUUCUCCUCCAUCACUUGCUCUGCUUGCAUCCACACACGGCCAUCAGCGCGUCAGCGCGUCGAUUUUAAUUUCAGUAAGCUUUGAAAUGCAUUACCAAAAAGUUUUGUGAUAGGAUAUCUUAUAUUAAAAUUGUGUUUUGUAUCUUUGAAUAUUGCUA